AUGUCUCCCGUCAAAUCAUACGAACUAGUGACCACAAACCUCAAACGCACAAAGGCAGAACUCAGAGACAGCAAUGGCACAGCAGCCUACGAAGUCGACCUCUCCUUCACGACAAUAGACAUGCGAUCAGUGAAACCCGGUCGCCACGGCAUAAUCCUGCAAACACCAUCUUCAUCUACGUCUAGCCAACAAAUCCUCGGUACCUGCGACUUUGCAUUCAGCUCUCUGAGUACGCCUAUUCACCUCGGUUUCGGUGACACUGUGUCUUCUCCAGACAGCGUAGUCUGGGAAGACAUUCACAUACGCGAGAUAGCCAAACAAUCAGGCUUUGAACUUGGCAUUGAUCUUGGAGGUGGUAUUGGACGCAAGGUGUUUGAUUGGAAGCGUACGUCUGAGAUUGAAAGCAAGUCGACAUUGAGCAAGAAGAUGGAUUUCUUGCAUCUGAAGAUGGUUGAGAGGGAUAGUCAGGUCGUGGUUGCGAGGUUUGCACACAACUUCAUGUUUGGCAGUAAAAGAGGUAGCUUUGAUUUUGAAGAGUUUGAGGGUGGCAGUGAUUGGGAUAGAGUUGUCUUGCUGAGUGGACUGGCGGUGCUGGAGUAUAUGAGGAAGAGUCAAGGUUGGUCGUGGUAA